CUCAAGUCCCUCGCGAAGCAGCUGUCGUUUUGUUACGUCGCCAACUGCCGCGCCGCGACGCCGUGCCGUCUGUACCUGACCGGACUGACCGGCGCGAUGGGCGAGGUCGUCGAGCGGUGCUGCUCCGGGAUGGCGAACUGGGCGGUGAUCGCGUCGGAGAAGCCGUACAUCGAGCUGUUGGCGGAACAGAAGUCUAAGCUCGUGUACCUGACCGCGGACUCGGAGAACGAGCUGACCGCGUUCUCUGAGGACGACGUGUACGUCAUCGGCGGCAUCGUGGACCGGAACAAACACAAAAACCUCACCUUGGACAAGGCGAACGCGCAGGGGAUACGACACGCGCGGCUGCCGAUACGCGACCACCUGAAGAUGACCGGGUCGCACGUCUUGACGGUGAACCAGACGCUCGACAUCGCGCACGCGCAGAUGGAGCUAGGCGACUGGGCCGCCGCGUUGGACCGGGCGGUGCCGACGCGGAAG